AUGAAGUCGGUUAUUCUCGCUCUUGCGUCCGUCACAGGCGCCCUUGCGCAGGGCGCUGCCUAUGCUCAAUGUGGAGGCACAGGAUGGACAGGCGCCACGACCUGCGUGUCUGGCUACGUCUGUACCUAUGAGAAUGAUUACUAUUCUCAGUGCCUACCUGGCACGGCGACCACGACGGCCACAACCAUUGUCACGAGUACGACGGCGGCGGCCACCACAUCGACAACAGCACCAGCUGCCACCUCGACCUCGUCGGCCUCGGGAAGCUUCAAGUGGUUUGGUGUUGAUGAGUCCUGCGCCGAGUUUGGGAGUGACGAUUAUCCAGGUACAUGGGGAAUCGAUUUCAUCUUCCCUGAUAACUCUAGCCUUCAGACACUUCUGGACCAAGGAUUCAACAUCUUCCGUGUGCCGUUCGCCAUGGAGCGUAUGCUCUCCGAGGAGGACCUGACCAGUGCUCUUGCGCCGGCGUAUCUCGCAAACUACACGGGCACAAUCAACUACAUCACAGAGAACGGAGGCUGGGCCAUCAUUGACCCGCACAACUAUGGUCGUUUCUAUGGCGUAGUCAUCGACGACACGUCAGCUUUCCAGACCUUCUGGGAGAAUCUGGCAGGUCAAUUCAAGGAUAACUCCUAUGUCAUCUUUGACACAAACAACGAGUAUCACGAUGAGGACCAGUCUCUUGUCUUUGACAUGAACCAGGCCGCGAUCGACGGAAUCCGCGCUGCCGGCGCCACAUCGCAGUACAUUGCUGUCGAGGGCAACGCCUAUACCGGCGCCUGGUCCUGGACCGAAUACAACACAGACCUCGCCAGCCUGACCGACUCGGAGAACAAGAUCCUAUACGAGAUGCAUCAGUAUCUGGACAGCGACAGCUCCGGCACCAGCGACGAGUGCGUCAACUCGACCAUCGGCGUGGAUCGCGUCACCUCGGCGACCCAGUGGCUGCAAGAGAACGGCAAGGUGGGUAUCCUGGGCGAGUUUGCAGGCGGGCCUAAUGAUGUGUGCUAUGAGGCUGUCGAGGGCAUGCUGGACUAUCUCCAGGAGAACAGCGACGUGUGGCUGGGCGCACUCUGGUGGGCUGGUGGUCCGUGGUGGGGUGACACUUUCUAUGCCUUCGAACCUCCAUCUGGAGAGGGUUAUGUCUACUAUGACUCUCUUCUUGAGGAGUAUGUUCCAUCUUAA